AGUGUACUGCAACAUAUUUAGUCACAUCAGGGAACUUCUUCUUUUGGAACAAUCAAGAUCACAACGCGUUUCUGCUGUGACGCAUUUCCGGUGGAUUACCGGAGAUCGAUCAAGAGCUCCGUGUGACUGCGAAGCAUCAGAUAGAGAAACAGGAGAGGAAUCGGUGGCUAUCGAUCUGGAGCUUAAAGUUCCAUGACGUCACCCACACGCGACGCUCUGCAGGUCGAUUGAUCUUAAUGUUCAACCUGACGGGGACGUGUUAGCUCGGGAGCUAAGCUAGCAGAGGCUCCGUCUCCACUGGAUAACGAACACAUUCCAUCACGUUCAUCGCUCCCGGUGCGCAUGCGCCGCUUAUAACGCGCCCCAUUGUCGCGUGAGCGUGCACGCGCGGCCUACCGUUAACAACGUGACGUAACGUUAGUUAUUCCACGCUAUCGAUCCCAUAGACAAUGCUGCCAUUAAACGUAUCUGACGUUGCUACCGUAAGUCUGACCUUUAAGGCGUUAAUAUACCGCCCGCUACCACGUCACUGUGGACGUGUUAUAUAUUACAGAGCAACAUGGCUGAAGCGCUUUGUUCCAAGAGGUGCGUUCAGGGUCUCGGACGGGAAGUGGUCGAGCGAUGCAUCGACCUGCUGCUGUGUUACCACGGAGCCGGUCGCCGUGACGGGUCGCGGCCCUUCGGAGGGCUCGUGUGUCGGUUCACGGAGCGGAGGGACGCGCGGAAUCCGGUUUCAGAAGCCAUGAACUGCCUUAAGAUCCGUUGGGUGGAGCGGUUCCAUUCAGUGAACUAUUGCCCCCCCCCAGCGGGGCAACUAUCGGCUGGGUGAACUCCCCCUCAGCUAUGAAUGGACCGUAUCGAUCACCCAGCUAACCGUUAUUCGCUCCCUUUGACCCGCUUCACGUUCGCUAACGGUCCGUUGGGACCGGAGGGCACUAACGUUAAUCUGUGAAACUGUCAUGGCGUCGGUCCUCGGCUUCCGGGCGGGUUCGACGUCCCACUAACCGACCCGCACCGGCAGCGAUUCCGCCACCAGCCGGGCGCCCCGCGUGCUCUUCUCCCCGGGAAACGGACCGUAGAUCCUUCGGUGUCGUGCCGCGAGGUCAGCCGGGCCCGCGUUUUGAAACCGCAUCUGGCGGCAGUAAGAUGGCGUCCGCGUCUGCGCACAAGCGCGGCAAGAACGAGGCGAUGACGUAGUGGAGCCAGCACGCCGCAUGUCCGCCGCCCCCCCAACCUCCGUUAGAAAAGAGCCGCGAUGCCGACGGCGGGUUCACACGACGGAAAACGCACCGUAACGCGCGGAUUAACGGUUCCCCGUCGAGGCAGAAGGUCGUCCGUGUGCCGCACGUGGUCGUAAACGGUCUCUACGGGACCGGAGCCGGAUGCUGCUGUGAGCCGCUGCAUCGACCCUCCCGCCCUUUAGAUGUUCGGAGCCUGUUCAUGGCUUCUAAGAAGAAGCAGAGAGCAAUGGUGUUCCAUCAGGGCGGUUCGACCAUCCCAGCUGCCACCAACCAUCCAGCCGCACGCCUCCCCAUUCCCAAGCUGGGGAGGGUGAGCGAUGGCGGGACAGAGCCAAACCCACAUGUUGCAGAAGAAGAUGUGGCCGUGACUGAUAAACCCAACGGGAUCCCCUUACAGGAAGACAAUUGGACCUCCGGCGGAUUUACCACCGGUAAAUGUUCCGCUGGCUCAAACCCUAAGUCGGACAACCUGUCGCCCGUCAUCGUCUGCAGAGGCAUCAGAGUGACGUUGGACAACAACGGUAUGUGGAACGAGUUCUUCAGGUGCAAAACGGAGAUGAUCCUCACCAAACAGGGGAGCCGGAUGUUCCCCUACUGUCGCUUUCGUAUCUCCGGCUUGCAGCCUUCCAAGAAGUACUCUCUGUACAUGGACAUCCAGCCGCUGGACGGCAGUCGGUACAGAUGGACCGGUAAGAGCUGGCAGGUGGCUGGUAAGGCCGAGGGCCACGUGACGAGCCGGCCGUUUGCCCACCCCGAGUCACCGUCGACGGGUCAACACUGGAUGCAGAGCCCGGUGUCCUUCUACAAGCUGAAGCUCACCAACGGCACCUCGGAUCUGGAGGGAAACACGGUCUUGCGCCCGAUGCACCGCUACCUUCCACGGAUGCACGUGGUCCAGACAGACACAGACGCCAAAGACAUGAAGCUGACCGGGCCUGCUGUCGUCACAUUCGCGUUCCACCAGACCGCCUUCAUGGCGGUCACUACUUACCAGAACUCAAGGUUCUCUCAGCUCAAAGUUGACUACAAUCCGUUCGCCAAAGGACUGAAGGAGGACGCUUCCGGCGGCCUGAAACUGAAGUUGAUCUCUGGCAAAGAUGGAGGCGCGGCGGCUGACGAGCAGCAUCCCGUGAAGAAGAGUCUGAAGUCGCUGCUGGCGAACUACAAACCUAGAAGCACAAAAGCUGCGGACGCAAAGCUGUCUGAGUCAAGUGACCCGGAGAGGAAUUCCACUUCCAACGACGGUCAAUCAGCCGCCAAAGCCUCCGAGGAGAGUUUGUGCGGAAAUUUCAGUCCAGCUCAGAAGUUGUUCUCUGAACUAAUUCGCGAGGCUCACGUCUCGCUGCAGAGAUGCAACCUGAACCAGCUGGGCAUCGACAACAGAUCUGAGCAAAGCAACAACAAAACCACAGCUUUGAAAAGCCACGGACCGUAUGACCGCAAAGGGGACGGGGGGACAAUUGUUACAAAGAGGAAAGUCCGAGAGGAUAACAGCCCUUCGAAUUCAGUGAACUCCAAAGACGCCACCAGGACCGACUGUUCUGGGCUCAGCAAUGCCGGUCUGGCGGGUUCCUGCAACUCCUCUGCGGACUCUGACCCUCAACUUAAAGCCAAGGCUCCAUCAGAGGCAAAGCUAAAGCAGCACAAACGACCUCUGCCUCUGCCGGCCCUCGCUCGGUUUCUAAGGCAGCACUCCUCAAAAUCCAGAUUGGCCAAGAGCAAGCCAGACUCUCCUCUACCGGCACCCCCGACCGAGUGCCGGUCUCUCACUGAAUGUCCUCCUUCUGACCACGGGAGCAAAGCGAACAACCUCGCCGAUGACGACGCAACACCUGCCCGCCCCCAGGCCUCUGGACACAGUGAGCCACGUGUUCAUCUGGAGGAGGUUUUGAAUGUUACCGGACUGGCAGCUGAAACCGGUCAUUCAUGUUCAAACGCUGUGUCCUCUACGGACCCAGAGGGACCCGAUGAUUUCCUCACUUCCGAUUUGGUUGCCAAAAGCGGAAGCCCAGAUGGUACACCGGCGUUACUCAACUCUUAUCAGCUGUCCCUCAUCUCAACUUCACCCCCCUCUUCUCUCGCUGCAUCACCCGUUUCUUUACCCCCGCACAAUGCGGAGUUGCCAGCUGAGAACUCCUCGCUGUGUCCGCUCGACUUGCCUAAGUCAGAUCCUCCACUGCCAGAUCCUGAAUUGUCAUUGUUUGGCUUCGAGCCUCCUUCCCCCACUAUCUCUCCGGAGCCACUGCCUUCCCUGCCUGUCUCGUUUGCCCUAGAGCUUCACUCUGCUGUUUCUCAAGUGACACUGAAAGCGGCUUCUCCCGAAGUGCUCGGCGAAGACCCAUCCGUGUUCAAAUGGCACACGGUGUUGCCCCCGGCCGAGGCUUACGUAGACCCCUCAUUCACCACCUUUCAGCCGGCGCCUCAAAUUCUUACUCGAACGUCACCUUUGCUGCCUCUCCAGACUCCGUCCUACCCCGAACCGCAGACUCCUGACCACUCCACCUUCACCUCUGCGCCAGACCCAGCUCCGUCAUUUGAGGACGACGAGCCGCUGCCCUUCCCCGCAGAACUUUCGCCGCUUGCGCUCCAGAUGACGCUGUCUCCAACCUUUUCGUCCCUGGACGGAGACGGCCUAUCCCCGACACCUUCGAUUGCUGACCUUGUGCACUUUUUCUCCAAUGAUGACCUCGGGAUGGGGGUGGAGUUUUCACACACGGAUGUGGUGGCUGUUCCCUGUGCGCCUCUGGUAAUAGAAGAAGCAAAUCCACAGGAGCCUCCUCAGCAGGUGUCAAUGAUCCCAACUGACAAACCCUGCAGGAACAAGUGUCGGCGGCAAAAGCUUGUGAAUGAGGAGGAUGAGAAGAUGGAUGCCUCCACCUAUGCUAAAAUGCAGCCUAACCUGGAGGAAGUUGAGGAGCAGUUAUUUAUCUCCUUCACAUCUAAGGAGGCCCUCAGACUUCACGUUGCAGACUUUUCCGAUGGAACGGCCUCACAGCCUCAGACGACACCUGAAGGUCACCUGCAGCUAACGGCAGUCACACCUGAGAACGAGGGCCCGGAGGAGUCGAUUGCUUCCUUUGAGAAGAUCCUGCUGAAAGACUUGAAGCAGAUGAGACACGGACAGGCGAUCCAUCCCGUGCUGCAGGAAGUUGGUCUGAAGAUGAACCUGCUGGAUCCCACUUUGGCCAUAGACCUUCAGUACCUCGGAGUCCGCCUGCCAAUCCCCCCGACCGGAGUCCCUCUGGAGCCGCUGCCCCCCACUCAAGGUGCAGCAUUUGUGUCCCGAACCGGGAAAACAACAGACUUUACUCAGAUCAAAGGGUGGAGGGAGAAAUUCCCACCGUCUGAGGCCACGUCCACAGCAGCACCUGUCAACGCCGAAGCUGGUUCAGACCCACCAAAGAACCUGUCGGCCUUCUGCAGCGACAUGUUGGACGAGUACCUGGAGAACGAGGGGAAGCUCAUCGACCAGCGGGCCUCCACCUUUACUCAGCCGCUGGCGGAGCCGGUGCUCUACCAGCUGCCCACCCAGAGUACCAGCUAUGUCCGGACCCUGGACAGCGUCCUGAAGAAGCAGACUGCCGACUCCCCUACCUCAGACCUCAUCUCUAGAUUCGUCCCCCCCUCCAAGAGACCCAAACUUGUCCUCAGGAAGGCCUAGAUGUUUAGGAAGAGGAGGAGUCUGAAGCUGACUAAA